AUGUCUCGCAGAGCUAUUUUCCGUGACAUCACAUGUCGAAACACAUUCAUUUGCCAGUCCUGCUGUUCGUCUUUAGGGACCACCGUCGCCCCGCAAUCAUGGACGAUUCGACAUAGCUCUCGCGUGGCCCAGUUAGGAGCUCGCCCUCGAUCUCGUCCCCAAAAUGCACAGCAGAACAAACCAACAACCAAUCAAGCUUCCACGACCGAGCCCAAAAAUAGUCAAGCUGCUGCGACGCUUCUCAGGGAGCUGACGGCGAAACGAAAUGGAGAACCGACUUUACGUUUCUUUGAGAAGGAUGAGGCAGGUCGCAUCGAACCGCUGCAGGGUGAAGAUGCAUAUAGAGACUCUCUUGGUGGCGUCAAAGAUAUGGAGCGGGACUUUAAAAAGGACUUUGCGUCUGAUGUGAAGAACACAUUGUCACGGCUUAAAGAAGAGGGCGGCCUGGGUUUGUUCGGAAUCGACAACAUCGACUCUAUUGCGAAUGACUUCGAGGAACGCCUCGGAUCCUCAAAUAGUCCGGAAGAGAUGAUGGAACAGCUAGACGCUCACAUCAAAGAUUUGGAAAAACAGCUCGAGGAAAAGGGAUUUGACGUGAGCGAAUUCGACGACUCGGACCCGAUCGCAACCUUAGGAGUCAUCGAGGCAACGACUCGAAAGGAACCCUCAGAACGCAGGACGAACCUCCCGAUACCACAGAUACCAGAGAAUGCAUGGAACUUUAAUCAGCGAAAGCGCAUAAACCGGUUAAACCAGAUCCUGAAGAGGACGACGAAAGAAAUUAGAAGAGGAGAAGAGGUGACAGGAAAGACCGUGCAAUCAGUCUGGAAAAUUUACAACUUAACUCGGCCGUCUCUGGCAAAGGCAUGGGCAAACGUACCUCACGACGUUUGGGAUCUACUUUGGCAAAUCUUGUCACUAGAUGAGGCUAAGAACCCUAGCCGACUUACAUACCUUUCAAUGCUGGCGAGAGACAUGAGCGAGGCCAAGGUCGCUUUGAGCCCGUCGCAACAGUUGGUGACGAUGGAAGCCAUGUUUGUGGACGGAUGGGAGGCCAAGGCGAUCGAAAAUUGGAAACGGUGCAUGGCAACCCUUGGCGACAGCGGUGCCGACACUUUCCAAGACUUCUGGGAGCUCGGAGUACGCAUGUUCUGCCAAAAGGGGGAUGUUGUCCAGGCAGAACGUGCUGUAAGCAAACUACUAGAGCGGCAGCUUGACCCUCGAAUUCUGAUGCCGCUCAUCAGAAGUUGUGCAGCAAACCCCACGAAUGAGUUGAGAGCUAAGGCCUGGGAUGCCUACCGACGCAUGAGAGACCUCCUUGGUCCUUCCAUGGGCUUGGAAGACUACGACCAGGUCAUUUCAUUCUUCUUAACAACGAACCAGACCGAGCUUGCCCUCCAAGCUUUCGUUGACAUGAUGAGUUCAGGAACUGUUGAUCUCAGGGGGCAGGAUAGUCUUCCAUCCCAGAUUGGCAACAAGUUCUUCUUCGGCAAAUGGCUGAAACGGCUCAUCGGCGCUGGGGAUUUCGAUGGAGCACACAGUGUCUUCAAAUUCAUGCGCUCCAAGGGUAUCGAAGCGGCCAGUAUCCAAAUUAACGGGCUUAUUGGGGCUUGGCAAAGAUCAGGCGGCGCUGAAAACUUGCAAAAGGCGGACGAGCUAGCAUGGGAGAUGAUCAAUGCUCGUAUCAAAUUCGUUUGCAACCGCCGCCGACUCUCGGGUAUGGAUGGCCCUAUUCGUACUGUGGAAGUGUCUGGAAAAGCCGAAACAGGCGCAAUGCCCAAGGCAACACUCGAGACGUUCUCUCUUCUUGCUGAGAACUACCGACUUCGGACUUUACAUGACAAGUUAGAAAAGCUUUGGGAUGCCUCCAGAGAAGCUGAGAUCAGCCCAGAUGCAUUCAUGAUGAACCAGCUGAUGGAGUCGUACUCCCAGGCCGGCCACAUCGCGGAGGCACGGGAGCUGUACCGCAUGCUUGUCCACGAGCGCCAGGUGAAGCCCGACUCGUACACCUAUAUGGCAUUAUGGAAGAUGCUAGGCGUGAACAGGCUCCACAAACUCGACGGCGACCAACAAGCUGAGGAGGUGAAGCUCACGCGGGAAACCUUUGCAGAGACUAUUCGCUUUGCUCACGUUUUCGAGGGCGGCGGUCUAGACGGCCAGUUGGCAAGAAAAAUUCUGCAUUCUUUCCGCAGGUUAAAGGAUAAUCUUGGGAUUGUCAUUAGUCUGCGGGUCUUUAAGGCGGUCUUCAACUUCACGCCACCGGAGGUGCUCGCCCUUGAGAUGCUGAUGGACACUACAAGCCUUGCCUGGGAUACAGCUACAGCGAGGCAGAAGCUGCGACUCGUAAAGCGCAAACUCGAUGCUUUUGUAGAAGCACGGCAAAGGCAGCCUGGACAGCCCAAGACGCUCGACGAGAUGCCGCCACAGCAACGUGGCGAAGAAAUGUGUGAUUAUCUACAGUUCAUGUACAUCCAGGAACUUGGUGUGGUGCCGGAGGAUUUGAUGGCACAGGUGGCCAAAGAGAUGGGAGUGUAUGAUAUUAUCGCCAAAAAGGCCUAG